AUGACCGUCAACAGUGACGAAGGCGACAUCGAGAUCAAGGAUGCACUGUUCGUACCAAGUAUGAGCAAGAAUCUGCUUUCGUUGCCACAGAUCAACAAGGGUGGCAGGUUCCAAGUCGUGUUCGAUGGAUCCAAGAUGCAAGUGAAGCGCAAGAAUUCCACACAAGUCGUGGCAACAGCGGAUCUCGUCGAUAGACUUUACUGGCUGCGGACUCCCCAACGAUCAGCUAAUGCAGCAACACGCAAUGGGACUAUCGACUUGCAUGCGCGCAUGGGUCAUGCACCCCUCGAAGUUCUGCGCAAGAUGGUGGCCACUGGCAUGAUCAAGGACGCCAAGGCACCUCUCAACUCGACUGGUCCAAGUGUGUGUCGCGGUUGCCAGCAAGGAAAGAUGGUCCAAAACCCAUUCCCAACCAACCGUGACAAACGCCAAUACGGUGUGUUCGAGUUGCUGCACUUCGACAUCUGCGGGCCAAUGGAACAAGUCUCGAUCGGCGGCAGCAGAUACUUACUGCUUGUGGUUGACGAAGCCAGCGGUUGCAUGAAGGGCUUCUGUCUGCGGUCCAAGUCUGAGAGUGAAGACUGUAUCAAGAACCACAUUAUCAAGAUUCAAACUCAGUUCGGCACGAAGAUCAAGUUUGUUCGGCACGAUGGAGCGCAUGAGUUUGCGACCAACUCGAUCAAGACCUUCUACGAAGAUCAUGGUAUCGAACAACAGAUCACGGUGCCGUAUGCACACCAGACCAACGGCACCGCAGAACGCGCGAUAAGGACCAUCGUCACGAUAGGAUGCAGCUUGUUGCAUCAUGCAAAACUGGAGAAGUGUUUCUGGGCUGAAGCGGCAAUGACGGCGAUCUACAUCAAGAACCGCCUGCCUUCACCCAAGAUCGACCACAAGACUCCGUUCGAGGUCGUGUACAAGUCGAAACCAAGUGUCAAGCACAUGCGCGUGUUUGGAUGUCGGGCGUUUAUCCUGACACCAAGGGAGAAGCGAUUGAAGUGGAACCCAAAGGCUCGUGAAGGGAUGUUCAUGGGCUACGAAGAAGCGUCAAAAGCUUAUCGAGUGUACGACAUUGAGGCGGGCCAAGUGGUGAUCAGUCGUGACAUCACCUUCGACGAAUCGACUUUUGACUUUUCGAUGGACCGACCAAGUGACGAUGAUGAAGAUGCGGAGUUGGACCUCGACCUCCUGGCGAUCAACGAGGACGACAUGCGUCAAACCAUCUACAAGCAGACUGGCAAGCGCAAGAGUGAAGCAAGACACGGCAUGUCACGUUCAGCUCGCCCUCGAACUGGGUUGGAACAAGCAAGUGCGCCGGAACACGUCUCCAACCGUCACCAGAAACGACGAUCAAGUGCUCCAGAAACGAUGUCUGAUGACGAAGAAGAUGCAAGCGUCUACGAUCAAGAUGACGACUCGACGCCUCCAACAUUUUGGCGUGCAAGUGCAAACGCAGUGGAAGCAACGGACCUAGCAGAACCUGUGACUUUUCAAGACGCGAUCAAUGGUCCUGAUCAAGCUCACUGGCGAAAUGCUGUGAAGGCGGAACUCAAGUCGAUGCAUCUUCGUGGAGUUUUCCGUGCGGCAAAACUACCAAGAGGCCAAGGCGCGAUCGGCACCAAGUGGGUGUUCAAGAUCAAGCGCAAAGCGGAUGGAUCGGUCGAGAAAUACAAGGCGCGUCUCGUUGCCAAGGGCUUCAAGCAGAAGUACGGCAUCGACUACACAGAGACGUUCUCGCCCGUGGUCAAGUACGUGACACUGCGUAUGGUGAUCGCGAUCACCAAGUAUUUCGACUGGCCACUGGACCAACUCGAUGUGGUGACAGCCUUUCUCUACGGAGUGAUGAAGGAGAAGGUGUACUGCGUGAUACCAGAAGGCGUCGAGAUGGAUGGCGACUUCGACUGUCUCGAGUUGGUGAAGGCGAUCUACGAUCUCAAGCAAGCUUCACGUGUGUGGAACGAGACUUUCGACGAGUUUGUAUGCUCUAUCGGUUUCGAGGCGUCGGCGUUCGACCCAUGUCUCUACAUCAAGGUUGUCGACGGUCACUGUGUGCUCGUGCUGGUCUACGUGGAUGACGUGUUGGUCACCGGCAGCUCGCUCGAGUUGAUUGCGCAGACGAAGGCCGACCUCAAGACGCGUUUCGAGAUGACCGACAGUGGCAAGUGUACUUUUGUACUGAGCAUCGAACUGGUGGAUGAAUCGGAUGGCAGCGUGACGAUGUGCCAACGACGGUAUGUCAACGACAUCCUCAAGCGCUUCGGCAUGGAUGAGUGCAAGGCCACAGCAAGUCCGGUCGACUUGAGCACUCGGCUUGUCGCAAGCAGCGAAGCGGCCAAAAUCGACGUUCCGUUUCGUGAAGCUGUGGGAGCUUUGAUGCACUUGACGACUGCGACGCGCCCGGACAUUGCGUAUGCUGUGAAGUACGUCUCGCGCUUCAUGGAGAAUCCGCAGCAAGAACAUUGGACGGCGGUGAAGCGCAUCUUUCGUUACUUGUAA